CACACACACACACACAGGCAUACACACAGAGGGCAGUCUUUGUAAGGGGGACAGCAGGACGAUAAGACAUUAUGAAGGAUUUGCCCCUGUCCCUGCUGAGUCGGGGGUGUGGUCGAUUUGUCUCACACAAAGGAAACACUGGGAGACAUGAUGGACGCCUGGACGUCUGCUUCACACCGCAGGAUUACUACAUCUGGAAGUCCCAGCACUCUCUGCUUCGUCUAUCCAACAGCGGCCGUCUGCUUGUGGAGGCAGAGUCAGCCCUUCCAAAGACCUACAGCACCCGAAGGGGGCCACUUCUACUGUACUCCCAGCACUUGGUUUCUAUGGAAAGCAGUUGUCACUCAGACACCAGAGACAGGAAGCAGAGGGUUGUUCGGCGGUACACUCAACAAGUGGCACAGCAGCUGAGCACCGUCAAGGAGUUAUCGGCAGCCAUUUUGAGCUGCAGCAACACUCAGUUCACGACCUCCAGGCCCGGUCCACUCUUCUUUCCUCCUCUUCAUCCCCCUCUUGCUCCAGACCUCCUUCAUCCCAGUCCUGCAUCGCCCACGACGCAGGAGCAGCUCCGUCCAGAGUCGGUUGCCCAGUUGAACCCCCUGUGGCUUCCUGCAAAGAGAAGCACUGUACAACUGGAUAAUCAACCUGAAGUAUGCUUAGAUCCUGAAAGCGUCUCUGCAGAUAAAGAGGAGGAGCAGGGCAGCAGGAAGAGGGUCAGGCUGGAUCUGUUCCUCCAGAUACCCUGCACCUCCAGGACUCCAACUACACAGAUGGAGCCUCAUCCCUGGGUACACUAUGUAGCAGUGACCCCUGAGGAACCAGAAGGAUCUCAGAGUGUAGACAUUGGUCUGCAGCACACUGAAAUAAAACACCACAUUAUGGGAGGAGAGCUCCAUCAUCCAGACAUGAACUGGGUCCAAGACAUGGCAGAUGAUGAAGGCUGUUCCAUUCAAGACAGUGGAAUGACCAGUGAUGAAGGCAACUAUGAAAGACCGAUAAGUGGGAACAGACACGGGAGGAGAGGCCUCCUUCCUCCUCUGACACUGGGACAUUCAAUCUGUAAUGGACCCUGUUGGGAGAGACAAGAUGGGCUGAGAUGGGAGGGUCCCAGCAGUGAUGAACACCAUGGAAGACGCUUACCUCCCAUAGCAGAGAGUCAUACGGAUCCCCCCGGCUGGGGAAUCCAGGCUCAGACCCAACAGGAUGCCCGACCAAAGGCAGACAGAGUUGGGUUUCAAUCGCAAGAAAAUCUGAAUAGACUCCAUCAGCAGUCUCUGUUUCUUCCUCUGCUGUUUCCAGGGAACGAGGAAGAGAUAAGUGGACAGCAAAGAGGAGGAGGGGGGAAAACAGAGAGACAAUAUCAUAAAAAAGAGACAGUAGGGCAGGGAGGAGGAGGAGGAGGAGGAGGAGGACUACCCUCUGACAAAGGCUCUAUGAUUCUGCUGGAACUAGGAGAAGAGCUUCCUCCUCCAGUAGGAGUGUUGGGUUGGGUUGCAAGGCGGAAAGGCCCGGGCAAACAGAGCUCUUUCGUCUUCUUACAGAACCGACUGCCCGACCUCCAGGAUCCCUGUGAACCCAGGCACGCUAACAGAGGCGUGGUUAGGGGUGUUCUGCCGCUGGAGCUGAGAGUUGUGUCAGAUUUGCAGAACGACAAAUCAGUUGGCAGCCUGAUCUUGGGUCCUGAUGGGGAGAUCAUACAACUGUCGCUGUACGACAACAGCCAGGACACAUCUCACACUGAUGGUGACACACGGGAGCAAGAGGGAGAGGUGGAGCUGAACACAGAUGUUCCUGUGGGCGUCAUCCAGCAACAUCAGUCCGUGCACAAGGUCUUGGAUCUUCCCAGAUUGACAGAGACUGAAGUAUGCUCACCAAGCAGCCAUACAGACACAGCGGCUGUGUCCAAGAAAAAAACAAAGGGCGCAGAAGCAGCGUCGGAAAUGUGGGGAAAGGAUGCUAAAAACAAUAUAAGGAUGCCUCCACUAAGGGAGCAGGAAAGGAGGGAGGAGCCAAGAGGAGGCAACACUGAGGCAGAAGAGGAGGACGAAGAGGAAGAGCUGAGCAGCACAGGACAGACUAGCCAUUUGUCUGGAUCACGUCAGCCAGGCCAGCAGAACAUCAGCCCAAAUGAAGCAACAACAGAGGGCGCUGUGGACAAAAGGGGGACGAAUACGAAAAGGAAGAACGUUGAGGAAGCAACUUCGACAGGGGAAAGGGAGAUGAAAACAGUGAAAAGUGAAGCAUCAGAUGGACAGAAGACAUCAAGGACGAGGGGGGAAGGAAGACGGCAGAGGCAGAAGACAGGAAGUGAUACUCGAUCAGUCAGGAGCCAGAAACCAGAGGAGCGGACCAACAGAGAGGCAGCAGAGACUCAGGGCCGAUCUGCUCUCCCUUCUGUGAAAAAGAGGAUGAAAGACAGGGAAGGAGAAAAAGGAGAAGUCAAGACCAAUGAGGAGAGAAACGAGCGAGGAGAAGUAGGGAGGCAGAAGGAGGAGUCUGCAGGGAGGAGGGGGAAGAGAGGAAGCCUGAAGCACAAAGAGUUAGUUGUUGAGGACCCUCUAAAGAAAGAGGAGGUGGAAAUCAGCCAGGAAAUGCAAGAGGGGUCUCACAUAACAACCACCAAAAGGCCCUCUGCAACACAAAGUCACAAUAACGACACAGAAACAAAUCCAGAGGAGGACACGGGGACAGAGCAUCUUUCCACCGAUGCUGACAAACACAGCAGUGUCCGAUCAGUGAGCUCGCUCGGGUCCGCCGCCGCUGCGUCCGGUAUCAACCAGAGGAGCUCGAGGAGGUCUGCUGCCUCUUCAUGUGAGGAGGGUUCAGUGCCUGCCAGCGCCUUGGGUCUCGCUUCAUCGCGUGGCCGCCUGUCGUCAUGUUCAACUGUCAUGGUGAGGGAGGAACAGCUGACGCUGAACCCAGUGAAGCCGGAGUUCUACAGGCCCAGGAGGACUCAGGAGGAGGAAGAGGAGGCUGCAGCUCUGCAUCUGGUCCAGCGAGCAGAGAAAAGGAGGCAGGAGGUGGAGAGGAAAAGGAGGGAGCGGGAGGAAGAGGAGAGGAAGCAGCAGGAUAGGGAACAAACAGAGGAGAAGAUGAAGAGCGAGCUGGAGGAAGAGAGGAGGAAGAGGGCUGAGGGUCUCAGGCUGAAAAAACUGGCGGAGGAGCAGGAGAGGAGGAAGCGCGAGGAAGAGGAGCAGGAGCGAGGAAGAAGGGAACAGGCGCAAAGAGAAAGAGAGAGGAGGAGGCAGGAGGAGAGGAGGCGUCAGAUGGAGAGCCUCCAGAGGAUGAGAGAGGAGGAAGAACAGAGGAGUAAAGCUGAACUAGAGCGCCUGCGCCUGGAAGAAGAGAGGAGGCAGGAGGAGGAGAGCAAGAAGCUGCAGGAGAUGGAUGGGGGUGAGAGGAUAGAGUACCUCUGUAGGAAGGAGCAGGAGGAGGAGAAGAGGAGGAACAAAGAGGAGGAGCAUAAGAGGAGAGAAGAGGAGGCCAGGCUUCAGGCGGAGCUGCUUUCCAGACAGAUGGCGCUGUUGCAGCAGCAGUUGGCCUUUAAAAGGGGUCUCGUGUUGGAGGCUGGAGGUCUGGAGAAAACUCAGGGUAUCUCCAGACCGUGGAUCUACUCUUAUUUCACUCUGUUACAACUACUGGGUCUAAAUCCAGCUAAAGCUGAGACCAUCACCCCUGACCUUUAACCUCCAUUUGAGUACAUGAUUGACAAGUGGGAAACGUUUUUUGUUUGAUGAAAUGUUUAACUUAUUUUGAAAGAUCAUUAAAUCAAAUGGGAGACAAGGAUCACAUCCAUACUCCAUCCUGUAGCAUUAUUGCUUGUCGCAGAUUUAAUGAGUUAAUAUCAUUAAUAUGUAACAAUUAUUAAUAAAUCAAUUAUGAAUCAUAAACCCAUGAAACAGUGUAAGAGGAUGAAGACAAGUUAUGGCACUUAGCUUCAGCUAUAAGACACAAUUAGUUUAAUUAAGCAUCAGAAUGUAACAUUAGAUUAGAUUUAGGACGUUACCCAAUUUUGGAAAACCAGGGACAACUUCAAAAUUUCUUGUUAUGGUGUGAAGUGACUUCUUAUUUCUUAUACACUCAAAUAAAAUGUAGGAGAAAGAAAGUAGGAGUCACCGCAACCACGAGAUUUUAAUGUGUUUGUGUGUGUGUGUGUGUGUGUGUGUGUGUGUGUGUCAGAGGGAUUUAUUGAAACAAAUUUUCCAGUCACCAUGAUGUAAAAUAUAAUGUAAAUAGCCCACCGUCAGACGUAUUUCAAUACAGUAAUUUCAAUAGCAUUGGGUUAAACACAAGCCCAGAGGUGAUGUAGGCGUAUUGUAGUGAUUGUCAUUAGGUCCUCUACCCUCCCCAGGGGUGAACAGGCGUCAGAGAACAGGGCUGGCUACGGCCACACGUCAUACAGCUAAUUAGUGUAUGAUCCAGCAGCGACUGUGUGUGUUGGGAUGGGAUGCUCCUCUAAGCAAAUACCUCACACCUCAGUAAAAAUGAUCAAUAGGCAUUUGUAAUGCUUGCUGUUAGAAUAGCUUUAGUUUUUUAGAGGUUACUUGGAUGUGCAAGUUGUUACAGUGGCAGCGGUCAGCAGGUGAUUUCCUUCAUUAUCCUGAAAGAGCAAUUAAACUAACUGCACCACGGUGGAGACCGAAACUUGAAAUUAAGAAAAUAAACAAAAGGCUUUCUACAUAUUGGUAAAGCAUAGUGUCAAGAGAGUGUCACUCAGUUUAUGAUACUGGUUCCGACAUGUGUUCAAUAAAUUAUUUACGGUACCAUGAAUUCAAUUUGAAUUCCACUUCUGACAGCUGAUGUUUUUAACUAAUGUGGUAAUGACGAAACUGUGACGAGAUAGUCAGUCACAACUAGUUAAUUAAGCAAUGUGUUUGCACAAAUCAUUUUUCAUUGCGCCACGGGGUUU